AUGAAGUUACCGGGGUGUGAAAUGCCAGGCAUUCCAAUAAACCCGUCGAAUGUGGAGAUCGUCGGAACACCCGCCGAGUUUUAUCAGACUCUCAUUGUAAGUACAAAUAAAUUAGGCGUUCUAUUUCAGUGUUCUCUUCAGGACCAGUCCAAAAAGGCCAAAAAGCGAAUUGCCUUGAGCAGCCUGUAUCUGGGCGAUGGAGAGCACGAAAAAAAGUUGGUAUGCUGACCUGGUUCGAAAAAAAUUGCACUAAGUUCAACUUUAGGUCUCUACGAUUCGUGAAAGCAUCGACAACGCCAACGUAGAGGUGACAGUUCUUUUGGAUAUGCUCAGAGGCACUCGACGGAGCAGCAGCGGCGAGAGCUCUGUCUCGGUUUUGCAGCCAAUUUCCGACAAGGCAAAGAUAUUUCUGUACCACACCCCAGAACUUAGCGGCUUCUUGAAACGAGUGUUCCCGGAACGAGCCGACGAAAUCAUCGGACUGCAACACAUGAAACUGUACAUUUUUGACGAUUCUGUACUGAUUAGUGGGUACGGAAGCGAUAUAACAACUCAACAAGUUACUCUUUUAGUGCCAACCUAUCCUGCUCCUACUUCACGGAUCGCAUCGAUCGGUAUUUUUUGUUCAAAAACUGCAAACCUUUGGCUGACUUCUUCCACGAAAUAAUCACGACAGUCGGCGAUUCAAGUUUUAUUGUGCAGAACAGGCAGAUUCUGCCCAGCUCCAAAUGCGAUAUUCAUCCAUAUUUAGGCACGAAAUAAGGUCGAACCCGAUUAAAAUAGUGAUUCAGGAGACUCAAGAUUAUAUCGAGAGCUUCUGAAAUCCCGCAUCGAACGAGUGAUUGCCAACUAUCAGAAUUCACAAAAUUCCGACGAAACCGACUCAAACACGUGGAUUUUUCCUAUUCUGCAAAUGGGAUUGCUCGGAAUCAACCAAGAAUUCAAUCUUUUGCAGCGUAUAUUCUCUUCUAAAGUUUGAUAUUUUUCUGAAAGGGCUCUAUUAUUCCAGAUGUAAUCAUUUCAGGAUUCAACAAUAAAAAUGACCAUGGCUUCGGGAUACUUUAAUUUCAUAGAAGACUACGAAGAUCUUAUUUUCGACGAGGGAAACUAUGAAAUGAACAUUCUGACAGCUUCUCCGUUCGCAAACGGAUUCUAUAAAUCCAAAGGAUUCUCAAAAUACAUUCCUCCCUUAUAUUCGAACAUUUGUAAGCAGUUUCUGGAACGACAGAGUAGAAGCGAUCGGUCUUCCGUGAAACUUCAUGAAUACUUUCGAGAUGGAUGGACUUUUCAUGCAAAAGGACUAUGGAUGGAACAAGGCAAUCAAAUGACGACGUUCGUCGGAUCUUCAAAUUACGGUACCAUUCAGAUCAACAUGAACUAUAUAAGAAGUGCCUCAUUCAGGAUAUCGAUCAGUCCAUCGCGAUCUGGAAGCUCAAGUUGUAGUGGUUACUUCGGAAGAAGAACUGUUAACGAGGUUGUCGCAGGAAAAGAACAAACUGUUCGAGCACUCGUCUCUUCUCGAUAUAGCUGCUCUUCAGAAACCUGAACAUUAUGUUCCCACUUUAGUUCGUGUUGUUUCGAAAGUGUUCCGGAGCUUUUUGUAG